AUGAACUCGAGUGACACCGUCUAUUUUUCUUCUCCUUUUUCGACUCAUUCAAUUAACUCUGAGUCUAGGAAUUACUCUCCAAUGUUCUUGAAUGAUUUUGUCAUUCAUCCAAACCAAAGUCAUGGUCUUUCAUUUCCGAUGCAAUCGAAAAACUUUGAUGCUAAUGAGCUGAAUGAUGGUUUUAAUAAUUUUCAUAACAAUAAUUCAGAAGUAAGGCAAAGUCACCCUAUGAAAUUCUAUCCUCCAUCCAUGCUUGAAAGUUCCUUGUUAGAAGCACCCAAUUACUACAAUAAUUUUCCCAUUUCCAACCAUCCAUUUUCAUCAUCAUUGCAUGAUAAUGGUUUUACUGGUGGAAACUACCAAAACUGUAAUUGUUUCAACAUGUAUGAGGAGCCACUUAUAAGUGACAGUUGCAGCGAUGAAGAAGACAAUGGUGGAAAAAAGAAAUGUAAACGUCACAGUAAAAGCAAGCACACAUUUGGCCAGAGAAGCUCUAGUUUUCGUGGGGUUACAAAGUACGUAGGGGGACGUUUUGAAGCAUUUCUAUGGGAUAACACUAAACCAGGAAAGAAAGGCAAGACAGGUGGAUAUGAUACAGAAGAGGAGGCUGCCAUAGCUUAUGAUAUAGCUGCUCUAAAGUUAUGGGGAAAGUCUGCUACAUUAAAUUUUCCUUUGAGGAAAUACAGGAAAGAUUUGAAGAAGAUGAAGCAACAAGUGCUAGCUUUUCCAAGGGCUUAUCUAGUUAUCGGGGAGUUUCAAGAUACUGAAGAGGAAGCAGCCAGAGCCUAUGAUGUUGCUGUAAUAAGGAUGAAAGGCAUAACAUCGGUUACAAAUUUUGACCAAAGUGAGUAUGAUGUCAAAGGCAUUCUUGAGUGCGAAAUGCUUCCAAUCGGAAAGGGUGCUUCAAAGAGGGUACGGUGGUCUUCAGUUGAUGAUGUCCUUAAAAAGGGAAGAAACACUAAGAAGAAGAAACCCAUGUUACAACUAAAUAAUGGUGAAAGCUCAGGCAUCUCUAAGCUAAUCCCAACAAUUCCCCAAUCCUCUUCAUCAUUUGAACCAAUAACUCAUCAAAUCCUACCAACCCCCCAUAAUUCAAACCCCACUCAAUAUGUAGACCCCUUCCUCCGUUAUGCUUUCCAAGAUACUGAUAUCCUCCGGUACUCCAACGUUAACCCUAGCUCUCAAGUUCCUCUUCCUGGAUACCAAAACCUUAACUUUCAAACAAACCCUAAUUUCAAUAAUUGGGCUGGUACUUUUGGUGGAGGUGAUAAUUCAGAGGCAAACUUUCUGACAAACCCUAGUUUCAACAACUGGGUUGGUACCUUUGGUGGAGGUGAGAAUUCAGAGGGAAAUGGAAUCAAUGUUGGAGGGUCUCAAAUUUAUGGAACCUUGGAUCCAACAAUGGCACAAAUUGGUGAUGAUAAUUCAGGUUACAAUUUGGGCAGGGGAAUUGAGCUCAUGGAGCCAUUGAACCAGUUUGCACCCAUCAUACCACCACAAAACCAAGAGUUUGAUCAGCUAGAUCAGUAUAGCAGUGAUGCCUAUGGCCAAUGCAACAAUGAAAGCUCUAGCUCCUCAUACCUUCUUCAAGACUCCCUGCAGGUUCCAAAUUAUCCUCAAACAAUUGACCCUACUUUUCUUCCUGGGUUGACUAACGACCUUGAUCCAGGCCCUAGCUAUGUUGGAGAAUCUUACGAUAGUGUGGUUCCCGAGGCAAUUUUGGAGGCGAUGCUGGCGGAGACUAAUGAGAGUUGCUGCUGUGACAUCAUGCGUGAACCUCUUACUGUUUUUGAUUAUGAAGUACCUGAUAAUGUGGAGGGAAACUCAACAGUGCUACCAAGAAAUGCAGAAAAUAGAAAUAUUGUUGAAGACUUUGGGGUGGACGAAUCAGCUGCAUUGGACACUUACUUUCCUUCUAGCUGGCUGGAGAUGUUCUUGAUGACCAUAUAG